GCUGCGCAGCCACAUAAACAAAUAGACGUCACGACACGAAGGUGCAGUGCAGUGCCGGUUCUCACUUUUGUAAAUUUAGUUUUUAUAAUUAUUACGCGUGCACUGCAUUCCAAAGAAUUUUACGAAUUUUUAAUACGCGUAUAAUCACCAAAGUUUGAACAACUAAGAUUAAAAUUUGCAGUCAUCAUGGACUUUUGGGAAACCAUUGAGAAAGAUGACUUCUUCAAAGCUUUCCUUGAAGGAGCCGAUGAAGGAAAAAUUCACGAGCAAAUUUCCAAAGGCCUUCUUGUCGCAGACCAACUCGCUAAAUUGUCGGAAGGAAUCGGACUGCUCGAUAAAGAGCUUAUGAAGCAAGUCACUGACCACUACGAAGAUUUGAUUUCCCAGGCAACUUGCAUUGAGAAGCUCGAAGACGUUUUAAAUGUGAUGCAGCCACACAUUCAGUAUCUCCUUGUAGCUGUUGAUCGACUGAGCUCUAAAAUCGUAGAGCCGUACAACAAGAUUCAAUGCCAAACAAGGAUGCUGAACAAUUUACAUGCCACAUCGGACCUUUUACGACGCGGCGUUCGCAUCUCCCAGCUCAUCAAGAGGCUACAGAAUCACAUCAAGGCAGGGCCCCAAGAACUAACAAAGGCAGCAAAAGUUUUGAGCGAACUUGACGAAAUGUCAAGUGAUGUGGACUUGACUCAUUUAGAGGCAAUCGACAAAGACCUGAGGUUAUCUCGUCAUCAUAGGGCUGAUGUGGACAGGCAAGCUCGUCAACUUCUCAUCGAUGGUCUUGCCUCUCAAAAUCAAACUCAGGUUGAGAAUGCCCUGCUGGUUUUCCACAAUCUUGGCCUUUUACAAAACACCCUCAAGCAAGUGAUGUCCAGCAGUAAGGAAAUGGUUGCGUCGAAACUGAGAGCCGAGCUUGAUUUUCAUAGUUUGACACAGCAACUACAACCAACAUCUGCACCAAAGAAAUCAGGUCCAGGAGGUCCAGGACGAGCACCGUUAGUGACCCCUGGAAAGUCUGCCGAGUUUCGCUCUUCAUUGUGGGGCGCUAUCGAGAAGAGCUUAGAAUGUGUGUUUGUUGAGACCAAAAAAGCUGCAACCCUCCAAAAACAACUGUCGUCAAGUUCAAUUUUGACGCCCCAUGCCAAGGAUAUUGAUUCUGAGUGCUCCAAAUUUUGGGAUGACGUUUUGAAAAUAUUUGGCGAAGAACUUUCCAAAGCAUCACAAAGCUCCAUUUUUAUCCAACAAACGCUGGAGGGUGAAUAUCCAAAGUUGAUCAAACAAUAUUUGGAAAUGUGUAAUCGUAUGCAAGCAUUCAACAGUCAACAAAAAGGCAGUCUUUUUGCUAGCGGUUCUGCCCAGCAGUACACCUUAAACCGCAAGGUGGUUAACUCCUUUGAAAACGCCUACUUGGCGCGCUCUAUGUCAAGACUCUUCGAUCCGGUCAACAACAUGUUCACCACCGAAGAUGGUAUACCGUCCCACGACAGCAUUGAUAACCUUCUGAGGACUGUCCUCAAUGAACUCACUGUGUCAAUGGUUGAUUCCCACCUAAAUAAAGUGGUCGCCAGUAAUGUCGCCAACACCAUCAAGUUAUUAUGCACCAAAUGUGAGCACCAGGCCGUAACGGGAACUGAUGCCAUUCAAUUCAUUGAGGCACCUACCAGUGGCCAGUUGCUGAAUGCAUCUUUGGUUGACAUUCUUCAUUAUUUCACGUUACAAACAAAACGACGAGUUGGAAAUAUAAACGGCCUUUCCUCGGAGGCAUCGACAAUUAUAUUUGAUGCCUUAGAGAAUUGCUCGUCAUUAGCAAUAGCAAUAAUUGUUCCUGUGGUGACUGCAAUUGAAAGUGCAGUGGAGGCAAUACUUCUAACUAUGCAUAAUGAGGAUUUUUCACAGAAUGAUGACAACAAAGCCGAGGCGCCGUGCUCCUUGUACGUGAAAGAGCUGCAGAGUUUUUUGAGCAGAGUCUCCAGUCAGUACCUGACACUUUUCAAGUGGUCGGAAGUUGUGGCAGAAAGUGUCAAACCCGCUGCCGAACGGUGCUUGGACCUAUUUGUCCGCCUUGCUUGUUUAGUGCGACCCCUUGGUAGUCUUGGCAGACUUAAAUUAGCUGCUGACUUUACUCAGAUGGAAAUGGCUAUUGGUUUCCUCAGCAUUCCUUCAGAGCUGGGGAGACCUUACAGGAUGCUCCGCUCUUUGAAGCCUCUGUUGUUCCAAACACCAGAGGACAUUUCCAAGUGUCCCAUGUUAGGGGACAUAUUACCCCAUAGUCUGGUUUUGACACUGCUGUUUGCAUUUGGCCCAAAUGAAAUGCAGUCACCUCAUGUUAGCGCUGGCUGGUCGGUGAAAUUUUAUUCCAAUUGGUUGGACGAGAACAAGAGUGAAAGAAAGCGAUUGGAACUAAUUGACGGUGCUUUGCAAGGGUAUGCUAAGGCUGUGUCUGCGUCUGGGAAAACAAGUUAUCACUUUGUUUAUCCAAUUAUGGUUGAACUAUUACAAGCUGGAUCUGCAGUUUGAAAUUGACAAGGAUGGACAAAAUCGCAAAAGCAAUCUGCAAUUGCGAUCUGAUCGCACUAUUUUUUUGAAAAGAUGAUAGCAAUCACAAAAAGGUGGUCAAUUGCAUGCGAUCAUUUGCAACCGCGUGUUAAAUCUGGAAGAAAAACUCAGUUUCAGGCUAUUUUAUUUUUUGUUAGGACUCCUUGACCCAACUCUGAUAAUAGAAUUUUUAAAAACAGGUCAGAAAUGACCGGUAGAAAAUAAAUAGAUCGCAAAAAAUUGCAUCAUUUUGAGAUUGCGAUCUCAAUUGUCACUUUUUCAAUUUCAAGAUCUUGAUCGCAAAACUUGAGAUCGCGGCCAUCCUUGGCAAUAUUUUCCUUGCAUUUUGAAGAUUUUUGUUGAUUAAAGCUAGAUUCUUUAAAAGUUAAAA